AUGACCAGUAUUUGGGGUCCCUUUGAUCAUCCUGUCAAGGAUAACGCUAAAUUCGAUUUGGAUGCAGACCUGGAUAUCAACUUGCAUUUCGCAAGACUGGGAUUGUCUGCGAUGGAAAUAACUCCUUCAGUGUCUGAAACAUCCACUGUGAUUUCCCCUACCGCCUCGUCUGGUAACCUGCUUUCCGACGACAGCAAAGAGCGUGAGCGUGGCGGCUCUGCAAAUUCGACAUACACAUCGUCAUCAGCCAGUUCUACACCAGGUCUUGCUCAAGCGAAUCCUUUGCCUGAAGACCCUGAGACACAGGAGUUUCCUCUAGACAUGUUGGAUCUCAUCCCGAAUCUAUGGGCUGAUAAAUCCAAAGACACACUAGAAUGCUCGUCUUCAAACGUUUUCGAUCCUAGCAGGAUUCCCUUUUCAAGGCAAUGUGCUCCAAAUUUGUCAACUGCAGAUAAUGUUCAUGUUUCUCCUCGGCUUGAUCAAUCGUUAAAAGUUAUCCCAGCAGCUUUUAGUAAUUUAGAACGUUCUCCCUUUAUUCCUUUUCAACAGCUUCAUCAGAAAACCUCGCCGUUUGCCUUUGCGCAAAACCCCAACUCUUUCAAUGAUCAAUCUCGAAUCCAAAUGGACGGACCCGCUCAUUUCGCGUCUCACUUUCAGCUCGAUUCGCCACAAAUUCCAAUUCAAAAAACCCAGUUGGAGACAAAAAGCCCAGUUUAUGGUGGUGGCACACAACUGGCCUACCCGCUUACAGAAGAAAAUCUUCUGCUUUUAAAUCCCUCCAAACCUAUGAUCCAGGGGAAACACUUAAAUGUUGCAGUGAUUCCCACCAGUAUGUAUCAAGAUGAUACCGCCUACCUAAUUGUGCCUGCAAGCCCAGCGGCGAACGAAAGUGAUUCAUCUAACUCGCCAAGAGCUGAAGGUGUCCCCUAUAUGAAACGGAAGGAUACCGAAAAGGGCCUUCAACAAAGGAGUUCCACUUCUUCACACAGCCACAAGUCUCAUAAAGCGUUUCCUUCCUCAAGCGUAAAGAGCAAGGCAACCGUUGACAGAGAUCUUUACAAAACUGAAAUGUGCACACAAUUUCAGGAAAAGGGAAGCUGUCCUUAUGGAGCUAAAUGCCAAUUUGCACACGGAGAGGAAGAACUGAAAAAAGUCAAAAGAGCGAACAACUGGAAAACAAAAUUAUGUGCCAAUUGGCUUAAGGCAGGAUCAUGCCGGUACGGUAAGAGAUGUUGUUUCAAACAUGGUGAGGACGAUAGAGGGAGCUCAUAA